AUGACGAAGGUCGAGCACAAGGCUGUUUUGAUUGUCAUUGAUGGAUGGGGCAUUCCGUCCGAGACCUCCCCUCCAGAGGGCGAUGCUAUUGCUGCAGCAGAGACCCCUUUCAUGGACGGAUUUGCCAAAGAUGGCUCCACAACCGCACAAGGCUACACCGAGCUUGAAGCUUCCUCCCUCGCAGUUGGUCUCCCGGAAGGCUUGAUGGGAAACUCUGAAGUCGGUCAUCUCAAUAUCGGCGCAGGCAGAGUCGUCUGGCAAGAUGUCGUGAGGAUUGAUCAGACUAUCAAGAAGGGGGAAAUGAACAAGGUCGCCAACAUCCAAAAGUGCUUCAAGCACGCAGUGGAUGGCAACGGCCGACUCCACCUCCUCGGCCUCAUCAGCGAUGGAGGUGUUCACAGUCACAUCAACCACCUGUUCGCUCUGCUCCAAGUCGCGAAAGAGAUGAAGGUCCCGAAAGUCUUUAUUCACUUUUUCGGAGACGGCCGCGACACGGAUCCCAAGAGCGCCGCGGGUUACUUGCAACAACUGCUGGACAAGCUGAACGAGCUCGGGAUCGGGGAGCUGGCUACGGUGGUGGGCCGAUACUAUAUCAUGGACCGAGACAAGCGGUGGGAUCGGGUGGAGAUUGGAAUGAAGGGCAUUGUGCUCGGCGAAGGAGAAGAAUCCUCUGACCCUGUUGCCACAAUCAAAGCCCGAUACGAAAAAGGCGAGAACGACGAGUUCCUCAAGCCCAUUAUUGUCGGCGGAGAUGAGAGGAGGAUCAAAGACAAUGACACCCUGUUCUUCUUCAACUAUCGAUCUGACCGCGUCCGAGAGAUCACCCAGCUUUUGGGCGAUGUCGACCGAUCCCCCAAGCCAGACUUUCCAUAUCCCAAGGGGAUCGAAAUUACCACCAUGACGCAGUACAAGACCGACUACCCCUUCCCUAUCGCCUUUCCACCCCAGCACAUGGGCAAUGUCCUGGCCGAGUGGCUGGGCAAAAAAGGCCUGAAACAGUGCCACGUCGCUGAGACUGAGAAGUAUGCUCAUGUGACGUUUUUCUUCAACGGUGGGGUGGAGAAACAGUUUGACGGCGAAGAUCGAGAGUUGAUUCCCAGCCCGAAAGUCGCAACAUACGAUCUCGACCCUCCUAUGAGUGCUCAAAAGGUAGCAGACAAGCUCAGUGAGAGGAUCGCGGACCAAAAGUACGAUUUCCUGAUGAACAACUUCGCACCACCCGACAUGGUUGGCCACACCGGCGUCUACGAAGCCGCGAUCAAGGGAGUGACCGCUACAGAUGCCGCCAUCGGCACGGUGUAUGAGGCGUGCAAGAAGAACGGCUAUAUCCUCUUCGUGACCGCCGACCAUGGCAACGCGGAAGAAAUGUUGAACGAAGAAGGCAAGCCCAAGACUUCGCACACGACCAACAAAGUUCCCUUCGUCAUGGCCAAUGCACCUGAAGGAUGGAGCCUGAAGAAACAGGACGGUGUUCUUGGAGAUGUCGCACCGACAGUUCUCGCGGCCAUGGGGCUCGAUCAACCCGAAGAAAUGAGCGGGACAAGUUUGCUCGUGAAGAAGUAA